AUGGACCAUUUCGAAAGUCUUGGCCCGUUUCGCUACGGCGAGGCACCGUUGCGACCGAUACGUUGGCUUGGAUACGAUCACGAGAGCCACCCCCCAUGCGACUUUCGAGAUUACCUGCUGAGCCGUGGAUGGAGCUUCUCGGCGCAGGAAAGACUCAGAUCAAAGCCAGUUGACGAGGAUUUCAUCAGUGGUACUCUGCCCAUGGUCCAAAGCUGGCUCUUCAUCGGUGCUCUGGAGUCAAUGGCAAAACGCCGAAUACCUGCAGAGGACUUUAUUCGCACGAGGCUGAACAGACCACAUGUUUCGACACGGAUCGUUGCACCCCUGCUCGAAAAUUGGGAAGACUCUGUCGAGGAGCUGGCGCUGCCCGAGCGCGAGGCCUUGAACGAUGAGCUCGGGGACAUUCUUUCAGAAAUCCAGUUCUGGUGCUUCAAGCUGGCUUCCUCAACCGUCACACCCGACGAUCCCAAAGCCGUGCUCUCCACCCCGACUGAAAUCGACGCCACGUGCAGGUUGUUGACUUUGAUUGGCGAAGCCAUCAACACUGCAAGGACCUACCUCCACACGCCGGCACUGCCCAAUGCAAAGGGCUUCGCGGGAGCUUAUACCCCCCUCGAAGGCAGACGGCUCGUCUCUCGUCUGGUCAAGGUUGGGUGGUGUCCAUUCAUGGCGCGCAUGUUAGUUACCUAUCGAUACUCGGUCGCCGAGUACGCGUCUUUCUGGAGCAAGAAGGAGCCGAGAUACGGUAGGAGACACAGCCGCUGUUCACCUGCACAGUGUGUGGCGUAUGACGUGGACACGUCGACGUACAGGCCGCGCCAUGACGCUCCUGGAUGUGAUUGCGGCCAUGUAGUUCCAUGCGUCGGGCAGAUGAAAGAGCUGCUUGAUAACGGAAGGAUUCCCGUCCUCACGAUUGCCCCGCAGUCGGGCACGGCAACCGAAAACAUCCGCCUCGACGUUUCAGAUGCCGCCGCAUUCCAAGACAGUGGAGGCUACGCUGCAUUCUCCCACGUCUGGUCAGACGGCAUCGGGAGCACCUCAGAAGCCGGCCUCCCGUCCUGUGUCAUCAAGAACCUGUUCAACCAAGCGCGGGCAUACGGCCGAAUCUGCAUCUGGAUCGACUCCCUGUGCGUCCCCGCCGAUCCGGGCGUGCGCGAAAAGGCAAUCCGGCUCAUGGCGGCGACGUACCGCAGGGCAGCCAUCACGCUCGUCCUCGACUCCCAGAUCCGCCGCAUCGAUCGAACUCACGCUGCUCCUGCUCGUCACGUCGCCAUGGAUGCAGCGCCUCUGGACCCUCCAAGAGGCGGUGCUCUCGCGAUCCCUCGUCUUCCAGUUCCAAAACACCAUGGCCACGGCGGGGGACCUGCCCUCGGCAACGAACUCCUCCGCCUCCUCCGCUCGUCGUCCGUCUUGGCCGGGGUCCCCGAGGAAAGCAAAGCGCUCGAGCUCGGCCACGUCUGCCGCAUGCUCAGGGUGCGCACCACGUCGAAGGCCAGGGAUGAGGCUGUCGUCAUUGCUGGGUUGCUGAACGUGGACGUCGGUCCCAUACUCGAAUCGCGCGUUCCCGAGGACCGCAUGAGGAGGCUUCUCGUGCUGCUGAAGCGCGUGCCGAGCGACAUCGUGUUCAGCAGCAGGCGCAGAAUGCUCGAUCAUGGCUUCCGCUGGGCGCCGCAGUCGUUCUUGAUGGAUGGCAGCACGGUUGCGGAUAGGUGGAGCUUGACGACUGGGGCGAGGGCGCAGUGGGCAGAUGUCUUGGAAGAGGGGGGAUUGCGGGGGAGGUAUGCCGUGACUCGGCUUGAGAAGACUGUGACGGUCGAGCGCGAAUGUGCCCUUGUUAUCCGCGCUGAGGGGAAGUUGGCGAAGAUUACGGGAUUGGACAUGGCCGACGACAGCGAUGGUUGUGUGGUGAGGUUUGACAGCUUUGCCGUGUUGCCGCAUCUUGGUAGCUACAGUGACAUGAAGCUGGCUGCAGCGCUGUUGCGGCGGGAGACUGGGCGGGGUGAGGUGUUUGAGUAUAGAGGGAGGAUCCUGGUUGGGGAUUUUGACGUCUAUAUGGGAUCGGGAGAGGGGCGAAGGGAGGUUGUCGAAGCUACAGUGCACAGCUCCGAGGGGUAUGCCGAGAUUACAGUUGUGUAG